ACACAUAGACGCCCGGGAAUCAGUCUCCACAAGCGGGCGACGCCGGUGACAAGCUCCCGGCUCUGGAGCCGCGGAGCUGCGCGGAGGGAAAUGCGCGGCCUCCCCAGGGGCGGGUCCGGCCCCGCGGGCCCCGCUCUGCCGGGCUCGGGCCGCGGCUGGGCCGCGCCGCCCGAACAGCCACCCCCGCGGCCGGGCACAGCCUCGGUCCCGGCCGCCGCCUCGCGGCCAUGCUUGCCCCCGCGGCCGGAGCUGCUGGGGCCUCGUGGCCCGGCCCAGCCCGGGCCCCUGCAUUGGCUCCCGGGGGGAGCGCUCCGCCGCCGCGCGGCCAUGGAGACCCCGGGGCCGCCACCUACCUGCGCCGCAGCUCCGCGCCCUCCGCUCUGCUGGCCCGCCCGGACGGAACUCAGAGGUGAAAAGAGUAAAGUGAUCUGCUGGAAUUACAUUGAGAACGAGAGAUGGGUGGAUCCUAUACUUAGAAGGGCAGAGGAACUUCCCAUAGCAAAAGGAGACAUCUAAAGAAAGAAGAGAAAAUUAGUUGCCUCACCAUUUUGAAUUAACCACAAAAGAUACUCCUGACAAGAGCUGUAAGAAGAAGAAUUCAUGUGCAGAAGCAAUUGCUUUUUCUGACUGGUUCUGUAUGUUCUUUUAUGACUAAAACAUUACUUUGACUAUUGAUAAAACACUAAUCAAAAUGGAAAAUGCAGUUUUCCUCUGAAUUACCUUCUCUCUGAGCUAUCAUCCCUGAGAGAAGUGGGUCAGUUUAAUUCUGUUUCUUCUUGGCUUUUUGAUGGGAAGGGGUUUUUUUACUUAUGUUUUGGGGGCCUUUGAGGUAAUUUUUGUUUGGUUGAUGUGGAAUAUUAGUGUCUGUAUAGUCUCUGUUAGAGCAGGUAUCAAUGAAUGAUUUGUUAUAUACUGGGAAGAAAAUUAUUAAAGAAUUCAGGGAAGAUUUUGCUUCUAGCUUCUACAGGUUGUUUUUCUGUUCUUGCUGUUUAAAAAUAUUUGCAAUAAAGGGGAAACUUUAUAGAUGUCUGUAUAGAGUUGCUGUGCGUGUUUAUGAUUGUGAUGAUUAGAAAAAUGUAUAAAAGUCAAAUACAGAAUUGCUUGGUUUGAUGUGUGGUGAUUAAAACUGGUUUUAUCAUUCUAAAUAAGAAUUAAAAAAUAGUUAGCUUCUGACUUCCUCUUCCUGAUAAACUCUUAUGUAUAUUACUAAAUGAGUCAUUAUUAUUGAAUGAGUUUUGUGAGUUGGUUUCAGGAUUUUUUUUUAAAAUAUAUAUUUUGGACUUAAUUGCCUUCUUAAUUGUCAGGUGUCUUGAUUUCCACUUCCUUAUUGUCCCCAUUAGCAAAUACAGUACAUUUUCAUCACAUAUGCCUACUUAGAUGAAGGUUUACCUUUCUUUAGGUAUACUUGCAAUGCUAUCAGUUAUUCCUACACUGUUAAUCUAAAUGUACACUGGGGUACUUCAUAUUGUGUUCUAAUCACUAAUAAACAUGUCAAACGAACCUCAUUUCUAAUACAUCAGCAAGCAGAAAUAUAAAGGAUAUAUAGGUCGAUUUUGUCCAAAAUCUGAACAUAGAUUUGAAUUGAGGGCUUAUAUCCCCUUCGUUGUAGAUAAAC